AUGUCUGCUAGGAUCGCACGAGAUAGUCUCCAUUUUUUCUGCAAAACUGUGAUUCAGUUUUGUGGUCCAAAAUAUUUACGUAAGCCUACACGUAAUGUCAUCUUGCAAUUGCAAGCUCAUCAUGCUAGUGUACAUGGGUUUCCUGGAAUGCUAGGAAGCUUAGAUUGUCUCAAUUGCGCAUGGGAAAAUUGCCCUACAGCAUAUCAUGUGCAAUUUACCCAAGGUAAUCAUGGUCACCCAACAGUCAUACUUGAAGCAGUUGCAUCACAAGAUAUGAGGAUUUGGCAUGCUUUUUCUGGUUCUCCUGGUUCGAUUAACGACAUCAACAUUCUUAAUCGUUCACCAAUAUUUAACAACAUAUACGAUGGAUCCGCACCAGAUUCUUCUUUUCAAAAAUUCAAGAGAGCUCAAGAAAGAGCUAGGAAGGAUGUUGAACGUGCUUUUGGAGCUCUGAAGAAACGGUGGUUCAUAUUGAAAAAACCAGCAGCUUAUUUAGGCGAGGAAAAACUUCAAGAAAUCAUGUAUACAUGUCUUAUAUUGCAUAACAUGAUUAUUGAAGACGAAGGAAGAGCGAUAUGUGCGUUUGACGAGGAAGAAACCAUACCAAAGACACAGCCAAUAGAAAUUGGUGGGGAAGAGUAUAUAAACAACAGAGCAGAGAUAUGUUGUACUGAAACAUUUCACAAUCUUCGCAAUGACUUGGAGGAACACAUUUACGGGGUUCAAAACAUUAACCUUAAUUUGGAUCAACCGGAUGACCCCGAAGACGAGUUCUCGGAGAAGGACUUUAUGUAG